UCCGCCGCCUUCGUGAUCGGCCUCCUCUCGGACUUGUUUGCAAAGUUUGACCGCCUCACCGAGUGGCACGGCGUGCACAAGGUCAAGACCAUCGGCGACGCUUACGUGGUGUGCUGCGGCGCCUUUGACGAGGCGCCCACCGCCGCGGAGGCGGCGCGGCGGGUCGUCGGCAUGGGCCUCUCGAUGCUCGACGAGGUGGAGCUGUGCAAGCGCGAGCACGGCGUCGACAUCGCCAUACGCGUCGGCGUGCACACGGGCCCCGCCAUCGGCGGCAUCAUCGGCACCGUCCGCUUCCACUUCGACUUGUGGGGCGCGGCGAUCGCCGGUGCGGCGAGUCUCGAGGAGCAGGGCGCCGCGGCGAAGCCAGGUCGUGUCCACGUGUCGCAGGAGGCGUACCGGUAUCUGCGCGGCCGGUUCGGCGCGACGAGCCGCGGCCCACGCUACUACAAAGGCAAGGGCGAGAUGUACACUUACUUCCUC